AUGGAUUCCUCCUUUCUGUCCGUCCGCUGUGUCUGUAGGCGGUUGUUUAAUUUGAUGAAGGACCGCAGCCUGUGGUACAGAGAUACAUUGGAAGCCCAUAAUGAUUUACCGCCUAAACUACUCCUUCAAGUCAUGGGAAUGUCGUCCAACAUGCUCACCCACCUGGACACGUCAUUCUGUUUGUCUGUUACUGACGAGUUUUUGGCUUGCCUCAUCUCCAAGUGCCGCAGACUGUGUCAUAUUAAUAUAGCGGGUUGCUCUCUGGUCACCGACGCUGCAAUACGACUAGUAGCCGACGCCGUUAAAAAUCUGCGUACACUUAUCAUCAACGAAUGCAGACUCAUAACAUGUGGGGCAAUCCUGGAUGCCGUUACGGCACACAAAGCAAGUUUGCAGCGGCUAGAAAUGGCCAGGUGCUUGGGAAUGCGACAGGAUCCGUAUAAAGUGGGAUACAUAGCGGAACACUGUGCCAACGUCAAAUACCUCAAUAUUUGCUGGUUCUCCAACUACAGCGAACAUGCCCCUAUACUGGACAUGGACGUCUGCAAGUACGCCAUGCUCUGUCCAUUCCUAGUCUCAUUAGACCUUGGACAUACCCACGCCACUGACCACUGCCUAGAAGUGGUCGCAGGGUGUUGUAAAAACCUGGAAACUCUCAGCAUGGCUCAGUGUUUCGUCACCGACGUGGGGCUCACUAAAAUCGGCAGGGGACUAAACAAGAUGAAGUCUUUGAACCUAGCAGACGGGCAGCACUUCGGCGAUGCGGGCAUGUUCACCAUUUAUAGAGAACUGAAGGCUCUAGAGUAUCUUAAUCUCACUCGAUGUUUUCGUCUCACAAACCAAUGCAUUCAGAACGUUCUCAUUGAACUUCCCGCCUUAAAAACACUCAUUCUGAAGCAGUGUUAUAAACUCGACGACAGCGGGCUUCAUCACCUGCUGAUCAGGAACACUUCUCCCAGACUAUAUUACCUGGAUGCCAGUUCUACGCUGAUCACGAAGGCACUCAUUGACAGAAUACGUCAGGCUCGCCAGCAGUUGGUCAUCAACUACCAAGACUGUCCCUACACCAGACACGUGGACUGCUCACAAUGGGGCGACUUUGACGCCCACGCCGCGGCACUGAGCACUUUUGGUCUUUUUGAGGAUCGUCAUUCAGAAUGA